UUUGUUUUUUGUCUAACUUGAUGCUAAUAACACGCUUUUUAUUUUAAUUUUAUAUAUUACUUUAUUAUAUGUAUAAUAAUUAUAAAUAGCUUUGUUGUUCUUAAUCUUUGUGUUAGAGUAUAUAUAAUAUAUUUUGAAGUUUUAAUCAUCAGUUUAAACUUUUGUUUCAAAGCCAGCAUGAUAAGAAAUUACGGGUUCUAAUAUGAUGAUUAAGGCACCGUAAUAUAUUAUAUAAUCUUACAAUUUGUUUAUUUCAAAAUACCGUGCCAGAUUUUUAACUUUCAGAGGUCAAAUCAGACACUUAUAUACGUAUAUUAUAUGUGGAGUAACAUAAAAUAAUAAAUACGUAUAUAAUAAUAGGAGGAAACUUUUGAUAUAAGAAGAGGUGAAGACAGUGUAGGAUACAUGCUUACCACCAAAUGAGAUUAUGAUUAAUCCCUGAAAACACUUGUCACCCUUUCUAUGAAAAAAUCAUUAAGCAAAACUUUUCUACAACUCUUUUUGUAGCCAAAUAUAGUGGAGUCCAUGGAAUCAUGUGUACCACCUGGAUUUCGCUUCCAUCCAACUGAUGAAGAACUUGUGGGCUAUUAUCUCAAGAAAAAAAUUGCAUCUCAAAAGAUCGAUCUUGAUGUCAUUCGUGACAUUGAUUUGUAUAGGAUUGAGCCUUGGGAUCUUCAAGAUAGAUGUCGGAUCGGAUAUGAGGAACAGAAUGAAUGGUAUUUCUUCAGUCACAAGGAUAAAAAGUACCCGACAGGAACCAGGACAAAUAGGGCCACAAUGGCAGGGUUUUGGAAGGCAACUGGAAGAGACAAAGCUGUGUUUGAUAAGAAUAAGCUGAUUGGUAUGAGAAAAACCCUAGUUUUUUACAAAGGUAGAGCUCCUAAUGGCCAAAAAAGUGAUUGGAUUAUGCAUGAAUAUCGACUUGAAUCUGAUGAAAAUGGACCUCCUCAGGAAGAAGGAUGGGUAGUUUGCCGAGCAUUUAAGAAGAAAACAAGCACACAAUCAAAGAAUAGAGAGGGAUGGGACUCAAGCUUUAUGUAUGAUGAAGCAAGUGGUGUAAGCUCAUUGAUAGAUCCAAUACAUGACUACAUCUCAAGGCAAUCCAAUUCAAACAAUAAUUUCUUUCCUAAGAACUUGUUAUGCAAACAAGAAUUAGAACCCGAAUCCUUAGCUAAUUUCAUGCAUUCACCCUCAAUUGAUAGUUACCUACAACUCCCUCAACUUGAGAGCCCUUCUCAAUUACCCUUACUAAAACGAGUCCCCUCGAGUUCCAACUCUCUAGUGUCCUACAUCAACAAUAAUAACAGCAACAACAACAACAAUAUUGAGAAUUACAACAUGAAUAAUGACCUAAAUCAAAAUAAUACAAGUGAUUAUAUUAUGAGGAUGAAGAAUAAGGUGCAAGAUUGGAGAUCAUUGGACAAGUUUGUAGCAUCACAAUUAAGUCAUGAUCCAAAAUCAAUUGAGAAUAACAAUGAUGUACAAUAUUGUCAAGGGAUUGCUUCAAGCUUUAAUAAUUAUGAAGAGGGUGAUGCACCAAAUGAUAUUGAAGCAUUGUUGCUCUUGCAUGGAACCAAUGAAAUGGAUGAUCAUGAGAUAAUUGAUGGAACCAAGUUAGUAAGUACAUUUUUAAAUUCUAGCUCACCUAAUUGUGAUAAUAUUGGCAUAUGUAUUUUUGAUAAAUAAUGAGGGUUCUUAUUUUGUGAUAUUUUUUCAUAUGAAAACAUGCAUGUGCAUGAAAUAUAUAGAUAUUGUUAUGCUUAUUGUAAAAUUUACUAGAAUAUAUAUUUUGUGAUGGAAUGAAGAUAUGUCUCUCUAUUGUAUACUUCCCUAUUAUGUGAUAACAUUUACAUUUGCUACA